AUGUCGCCGCACGGCGCUGCACCGCCCCACGGGGGCCAGCGGGGUCUAGGUGGCCAUGGCCAUGUCUCCCGCUCUGAAUCGAUCAGUCUCCCUCCCCUGUCGCACUCGCCGGGAUCGGCGUGUGCGGCGCUACCGGCGAUCCUGCAUCGCCUGCGUAUGGAAGACGAGCAAGGCGAGCCGCCGCUGCUUGAAGAUGCAGCGAACCGCCGCAAGCGCCGCUCGUGGGAGAUGCAGACCGAGAUCGAGAUGCCGCCGCCUCCCUUUAUGGUGCGCACUUCAAGCGCGGAUCGCUUUGUGCACGGGAAGCCGCCGCUCGGCAUGAUGCCGCUCAAGACCCUGCGUACGGAACGUACGAAAUUUGCGACUUACACCUUUCCGCGGGCGGAUAUGCGUGAGUCGCGGAUCAUUGAUUCGAGGUACGAGCCUGCCGCGGCGAUGAAAGCGCCGCACUCGGAACCUCUGGGGGGCUAUUUUCCGCCGACCGAUCUCAAUGGUUCGGUCGAGCAUCCCCACAGCGAUCCCCCCCCGCGGCCCAUGUCGCGCAGCCACUCCUCCUACUCUAUUUCAGCAUCGGAAGGAUGCCCCCGUACGCCCGGACCCGAGGUUGGGGAACUUCCCCUUCGUCUGGACGAGCCUAGCUCCGCUAUGUCUGUGGCCUCUAUGCUCGACGCGCCGCCGCUGGUCGAUGGCGCGCCCGGCACGUCGCUUCCCAGCAUGGGCUCAGCACACUCGCUCAGUGAGUCGCCCGAGCAGAAGGAGUCGAUAACGGGCGGCCCCAGCCCCGAGGGGCACCGCGGCCCCACCCCACCCGUCACCCCAAAAUGGAACAAGCCCCGCGGCGCCGGCGCCGCGACGACCAACGGAAGCGGCAAAGCGUAUGCCACGCCAAACACGUCCCAGUUCAUCCGGCGCCAGCAAUCAGUAUCGGUCGUGACCGCGGGCCAGACCACGACCAAGUCCCGGCCGGGCUCGGAAGUGGUCAUCACCCAGCAGGUGACGUCCACCGCGCCGGCCCCGUCGCCCACGCCAAUGCCCCCGGUUGAGGAGCAGAAGCACACGCCGGCCGGACCGGUCGCGGGUGGCGUCGUGGGCGGUGUUGUCGGACUUCUCCUGCUCGUCCUGCUCGCCUAUCUCUUGCUGCGUCGCAUGCGCAACCAGCGCGCGACACGCGCCCUGGACUCGGCCUACGCCGAGGCGGGCAUCGGCGGCGGUGGCGUCGACCGCCGUACGCGCAUGCGCCCUGCGCAGGCUAUCGACGAGCCGUGGAGCCCGGGCGGGAUGGCGAUGCACGCAUCCAACAGCGGCCAGCCCUCGCUGGGCGGCGCCGGCAGCGACCCUUACUUUGCCUCGCCGGUGCACCACCACUACGACGAUAUGGAGAUGGGUGUGCGGCCCAGCAUGCAAAAGACGCCGCGCGACUCGACGCAGCACGACCCGGUGGCCUGGCCCGAUUUCCAGCCGGGCCCGGCCGCGCGCCAGAUGAGCCAGUUCCAGGACGAGGCGCCACUCGCCGACGUCUCUACACACACCAAUCUGGCCGCGCCGGCUGUGCAUGUAUCGCACUACGAAAACAUGGAUGCAGAAGAACCUGUGCCCACGACGCAAGUGCCUGUAGCGUCCAGUGACGCGUACGCCGCCGCCGCACCCACCGAGAUGCUUGGCGAGAUUGAUACCACUUCGGGCGCGCAGCAGCACGCCGCCGAUGCCGACACGUUUGCGACUGCGCCUCCGUCGAGUGCUGCGCCGGCUAUUUCCACACAGACCCUCGCCAAUGCGCCUGCGCGCGAGUCGCUGCCCCGCCUGAACACGGACUCGCUCUCGCGCAAGGACAGCAACGCGGCCGACCUGCAGUCGCCGUCGUCGGCCUACAUGUGGCUGCCGCCCCGGAAGCUCUUUACGGAGAGCACCGAGGAGGAGGCGCCGGAGCCGGGCGCGGCCGCAGCGCCCGCGCGCCCUUCGCUCCUGCGCUCUGAGAGCAACAUGCAGGACUCGGCAGAGGAGCAGGAGCUGAGCAACAAGCUGUGGCGUAACAAUGGCACGCUCCGGGUCGCGAAUGAGUCGUAG